CGUCGUUCCUGCGGUUGUCAGGUAGCGGCGGACCUGUAAAAUGCCGGAACCAGCGAAAUCCGCUCCUGCUCCUAAGAAGGGCUCCAAGAAAGCCGUCACCAAGACCCAGAAAAAAGGUGACAAGAAGCGUAGAAAGACUAGAAAAGAGAGCUACUCCAUUUACGUGUACAAGGUGCUGAAGCAGGUGCACCCCGACACGGGCAUCUCGUCCAAGGCCAUGGGCAUCAUGAACUCCUUCGUCAACGACAUCUUCGAGCGCAUCGCCGGCGAGGCGUCGCGCCUGGCGCACUACAACAAGCGCUCCACCAUCACCUCGCGGGAGAUCCAGACGGCCGUGCGGCUGCUGCUGCCCGGCGAGCUGGCCAAGCACGCUGUCUCCGAGGGCACCAAGGCUGUCACCAAGUACACCAGCUCCAAGUAGGGCGCCUCGGAUCGUCAGUUUUAACCCAAAGGCUCUUUUAAGAGCCACCCACAUAUUCAGUAAAAGAGUCGUUCACACUGGCUCGUUUCGGUGAGUGGUACUUGUAUUUAGCACUGUUAGUUCCUGGGCUAGGACGUACUUUUUAAUAGUAGGGAAAACGUUUGUCAUGUUGAAGCACUGCAAACGAUUUAGGACAUCUUGAGUGUGCCCUACCCUGACUGUUCACCGAGGAGGUCUUUAAAAAUAAUGUUAAUCACCUAAUUGAGUUCUAAAGCUAUUAAAAGUGUUCCUCCUUUUAAAGUAAUCCGUUCCAGUUUUUAUAAACUCCACGGUAAUGUGUACAGUAAU